GCCAGGCUUGCCUCUGCCCCAUAGAGGGUUUGCUCCUACAUCAAGGUCCUUCCGCAGCCCUCACUUUCCUUUUCCCUUGCCGUGCAUUUUCCAGGAUAACUGUGACUCCAGACCCACAAUGGAUGCUCUACGACUGGCAAAUUCGGCCUUUGCAGUUGACCUGUUCAAACAACUGUGUGAAAAGGAGCCAGCAGGCAAUGUCCUCUUCUCUCCAAUCUGUCUCUCCACCUCUCUGUCCCUUGCUCAAGUAGGCGCCAAAGGGGACACAGCAAAUGAAAUUGGACAGGUCCUCCAUUUUGAAAAUAUCAAAGACGUACCCUUUGGAUUUCAAACAGUAACAUCGGAUGUGAACAAACUUAGUUCCUUUUAUUCACUGAAACUAAUCAAACGGCUCUAUGUAGACAAAUCUCUGAAUCCUUCUACAGAGUUCAUCAGCUCUACAAAGAGACCCUACGCAAAGGAAAUGGAAACCGUUGACUUCAAAGAUAAAUUGGAAGAAACGAAAGGUCAGAUCAACCAGUCAAUCAAGGAUCUCACGGAUGGCCGCUUUGAGAACAUCUUGGCUGACAACAGUGUCAGUGACCAGACCAAGAUCCUUGUGGUUAAUGCUGCCUACUUCGUUGGGAAGUGGAUGAAGAAAUUUCCUGAAUCCGAGACCAAAGAAUGCCUGUUCAGAAUCAACAAGACGGACACCAAACCAGUGCAGAUGAUGAGUAUGGAGGCCACGUUCUGUAUGGGCAACGUCGAUGGUAUCAAUUGUAAGAUCAUAGAACUUCCCUUUCAAAAUAAGCACCUCAGCAUGCUCAUUCUGCUACCCAGUGAUGUGGAGGAUGAGUCCACGGGCCUGGAGAAGGUUGAACAACAGCUCAACUCAGAGACGCUCUUGCAGUGGACCAAUCCCAGCACCAUGGCCAACGCCAAAGUCAAACUCUCCAUUCCAAAAUUUAAGGUGGAAAAGCUUGUUGAUCCCAAAGCUAGUCUGGAAAACCUAGGGCUGAAAAAUAUCUUUAAUGAGAAUACAUCUGAUUUCUCUGGAAUGUCAGAGACCAAGGGAGUGGCGCUCUCCAAUGUUAUUCACAGAGUGUGCUUAGAGAUAACAGAAGAUGGUGGGGAUUCCAUAGAGGUGCCAGGGUCGCGAAUCCUGCAACACAAGGAUGAAUUCAAUGCCGACCACCCAUUUAUUUACAUCAUCAGGCACAACAAAACGCGAAACAUCAUUUUCUUUGGCAAGUUCUGUUCUCCUUAAGCGGCAGAGCCCAGGUUAAGUCCCACCUGACUUUUCUGUAAACUCUGCAUCCAAAGAAUCACUUUCUAAAUACAAUAAAUUGUUAAUAU